AUGGGGGGCUUGAAGAGGAAAAUAGAUACAGAGAAGAAGAUUGAGGGGAAAGAACCACGAGCUGUUACAUUCUCGAAACGUAGGAAGGGCCUUUUCAGCAAAGCGUCGGAGCUCUGUCUUCUCUCCAGCGCUCAAAUUGCAAUCAUAACUACUCCCGUUUCUGCUAAUUCACACAACUCUUUUUACUCUUUUGGACAUUCAUCUGUGGAUAGCAUUGUCGCUGCUUUCCUCGCUGAUGAGACUCCGACUCCGACUCGGGAUGUCGAUGAUGAAAAUUUAGGGUUUUGGUGGGAAGACGAGAGUCUCGCCAAUUCGGAGAAUGCGGAGGAACUGGCUGAGGGGAUUGAUUCCAUGAAGAGGAUGUUACACGAUCUCAAGGAGGAGUUGGAGUUCCACCACCGAAUCUAUAGUAGUUCUAGCAACAUCAUUCACAUCUUGAUAGAGAGCGGAAGCUUAAUUAACGGACGAGAACACUAG